AUGGAGAACGUCCUUGAUGAUAUCUCCCACCGGAGAUUCAAUCCCCUUCGUGGAUCCCAUGUUUUGGUCUCUCCCCACCGAACCAAGCGACCCUGGCAAGGAGCGCAGGAGAGUGCUUCCAAGACUACUUUGCCUUCCUAUGACCCCAAGUGCUACCUGUGCCCUGGAAACCAGCGCGCGCAGGGUGACGUCAACCCCAAGUAUGACAGCACUUUCGUGUUUGUGAACGACUACAGCGCUGUCAAGGAAGAACAGGCCGCCUAUGAUGGAAACAAUGGAAAUGAUCUCGAAUCGCGAUUCCUCAAGGCGGAGCCCGUGACGGGCAAGUGCUACGUGCUCACCUUCUCACCCUCCCACAACCUCACCCUGGCCGACCUGGCCCCCAUUGAGAUCGUCCCAGUGAUUAAUGCCUGGACUGAGAUCUAUGCCGCCCACCUCUCGCCCACCUCGCCACUAGCCCAGAAUGCCCCUCCCACCCACAUCGCGCCCACCGCACCGCAUGCGAAUGUCACUAAGCCCAAGGAGCAGUACCGCUACAUGCAGAUCUUCGAAAAUAAGGGCGCUGCCAUGGGCUGCUCAAAUCCCCAUCCUCACGGUCAGGUCUGGACUACUAGCAACCUGCCCGAAGAACCCGCUGCCGAGCUGGAGCAGCUGCGUCGGUACCGCCAUGAGCACGGCGGUUCCCACAUGCUGGAGGACUAUGCUGCGCUGGAGAGCCUGAAGCAGGAGCGCGUCGUCUUCGAGAACGAGUCGUUUGUCGUGGUUGUUCCGUGGUGGGCAACCUGGCCCUUCGAGACCAUGAUCAUCAGUCGCACACAUAAGCGUGCACUGGUCGAUCUGAGUGAAUCCGAUACCACUCUUCUGGCCGAGGCCAUUGCCGAGAUCACGCGUCGCUAUGAUAACCUUUUCGAGACUCAUUUCCCGUACAGCAUGGGUAUUCACCAAGCGCCGCUUGAUGGAACUACUGAGGAAAUCGAGGCCUCUUACCUGCACUUCCACUUUUACCCGCCGCUUCUGCGCAGCGCUACUGUGCGCAAGUUCCUUGUCGGCUUUGAGCUUAUGGCGGAGCCCCAGCGUGAUAUCACACCGGAGCAAGCUGCUGCUCGGUUACGCGAUUGCGGUGGUGAAUUGUACCGCAAGCAUUUGGAGUAA